AUGGCCGAGCUCAUCAGGGACAAGGGCACACUCCGCAAUGUCGAGUCUCUCGUGGCAAGACUUCGACGUAGACAGAUCACUGGCGCUCAUGAUACGGCAGUAGAGACUGUCUUGCUCCUCCGCCAAGUCGUCUCGACUGCACGCUUCUCCUCCAUCGACCAGCUCUUGGACAUGAUCAGGAGCGUUGGCACCAGACUCGUCGCUGCUCAGCCCAAGGACGGCUCUGCACUCUCCCUAGCCAACUUUGUUCUUCUGGGUCGACCAAAGGUGACCACACGUCCAACCCGCGAAGUCGAGGCGAGUAUAGGCGAAGUCGAUCGACGGAGCAUGGCCACCAAGCCUGCACUCAUUGAUGCGGUCAAGGAAAUCGUCGACGAGAUGGAGAGUGUAUUUGAGGGUAUUGCAAAGAACGCCAAGAACCAUAUUCAUGCAGAUGAAAUCGUACUCACAAUCGGAUACUCGAGAACAGUCGAGGAGUUCCUCAAAGCCGCAGCCCAUGACAAGAAAUUCACAGUAAUCGUAGCCGAGACAGCACCUUCAUACACGGGCCAACAACUCGCCGACUCACUCUCUCGGCACGGCAUAUCCACAUUCCUAGUCCCCGACAGCGCUAUCUUUGCCAUGAUGUCCCGCGUGACCAAACUCAUCCUUGGUGCUCACGCGAUUCUCGCAGACGGCGGGCUGGUCAGCCAGUCGGGCGCUUUGGCUGCAGCCGUCGCUGCCCGCGCACACGCAACGAGUGCUGGUGCGGCCGACUAUGGUGAUCCAGGCUUGGUCAUGGGCUACGACGAAGGAGAGUUGGUUGGUAGUGUCGAGGUUAUUAAUCCCAAGUACGACUAUGUGAAACCGGAAUUUUUAGAUGUGAUUGUGACGAAUUAUGGCGACCACCCGCCCUCUUACGUUUACAAACUGGUAAAAGAAAUGUACGAAGACGAAAAUCUUGAAUAA